AUGUCGGAUAAUCAGGACCCUAACACCAAAGACGGCAAGGCCGCACCCUCAAUCCUCACCUCGAAAUUCGCCAAGCUCAAUCCGUUCUCCAAGACCGGUGCGGCCGACCCCGAGGGCGGAGGAGAUAACCUUGGUGAAGAGGUUGAGUUCGACUCGAUCGCCGGAGGUGGACAUGCAGCACGUCGCACCAAGAUCACCAAGUCCGAGCUUCGAGUGAGCCAUGCACUGCGCAAGUUUCUGGUCGACCAAAACGUCAUCUCCCCCGCCGACGCUCAGCUCGAUGACCAGCAGGCGUCGAGCUCGCAAGCCCUCAAGGCAUUCGUCGACAAAUCGCACAUUGACGUGCCCGACUACGUCCGCGAUCGCAGCCGGCCCUUGAGCGAGUACUUUGUCAGUUCGUCGCAUAAUACGUAUCUGCUCGCGCACCAGCUGUACGGCAGUUCGUCGGCGGUGGCGUACGAGCACGUGCUGAUCACGGGGGCGAGGUGCGUAGAGAUCGAUGCGUGGGACAACGAAAACGAUCCGUUGGAGCCCAAAGUCACGCACGGCUACACGCUCGCUUCGCACAUCCCCUUUCGCUCCGUCUGCGAGACCAUGAAGCAGGCCAUCCAGAAAGAAGAAGCCGAGGCACAGCGAGAUCAGAGCUUCAAGGUCGCUCCUGUUCUGCUCUCACUCGAAAACCACUGCGGACACGCCGGGCAGAAGAGACUCGUCGAGAUCAUGCAUGAAGUGUGGGGCGACUUGCUCAUCUCCGGUCCCGUCGAAAAAGGUCAGCCCGCUAGUGAGCAUACCGCUCUUGACCAUCUCGGCGCAAAGAUCGCCGUCAUGGUCGAGUUCCACCCGUCCAGUCAACCACCCGUCGAGGAGGCGCACGACGACGACGAUGCCGAAGAAGCCGAGAACAAGGCCAAGCGAAACGAGGCCAAGAAGGCAGGCAUCAUUCCCGAGCUGUGCGCGCUCGGCGUCUAUGCGCAAUCCGUCAAGCCGACCAACGACUCGUGGUACACCUCGACGCUGACCAACGGCCCGCACGACCACCUGAUCAACAUCUCUGAAACCGGCCUGCUUGAGCUGCUCCCCAAACACGGUACCGCCAUCAAAAAGCACAACGCCGAACACCUUAUGCGUGUCUACCCCAAGGGCACACGCAUCAGUUCCAAGAACCUGAACCCGGUGCCCUUCUGGGGGGUCGGCGCGCAAGUGUGCGCGCUCAACUGGCAAACCUUCGACCACAGCGUGCAGCUCAACGAGGCGCUGUUUUCCGGGUCGGACGGGUACGUGCUCAAGCCGCCCGGUCUGCGCAUCGGCGGGGACGGCAACACGUCGCUCGGCAAGCACAAGUUGACGCUGCACGUCGCGGGCGCCACAGACCUGCCGCUGCCCAAGGGCAGAGAAGCCGACGACAUCCGCCCCUACGUGACGUGCACGCUGAUCCUGCCGUCGGACCUGGAUUCGGACCCGCCCAAGAAAAAGACCGCCGCGUACAAGCAGCACAAGCUCGGUCUGGUCCACAAGGGCGAACAACCCACCCCGACCGACGCCCUCUGGAACGAAACGCUCGAAUGGACCUUCGACCACGACGAGCUCGCAUUCGUCCGCAUCCUCAUCAAGAGCGACGACAAGUUUGCCCGAAACCCGCUGUUCGCCGUCGCCGCCGUAAGACUCGUCUACGCUGCCAAGGGCUGGAGAUUCAUCAGGCUGCUCGAUCUCAAAGGUAGAGAAACCCACUCGACGCUAUUGGUCAAGUUUGACCUGGAGAAGCUCUAG